ACAUGCUGUAUACAUUCCCAAGAAUAACCACAAUGGCACCAACAGCGAAGGAGGCGCUGCUGGCACUUCAGCUCACUUGUCGGGGCGAUGCGGCGCGUGAGAGCACUCUUCGCGACUGGGUAAAGUUCGUCGAAGGCCGCAACGAGGUUUCUCUUCUGCAAUCUCUUCCUAAAACGCCCACGGGCGCUGCUAUCGACUGGCUCAAGUUGUACGAAGAAGUAGUGGCUCGUGGGGGGUUCACUAUAGUCUCUCAGCGUCAACAAUGGCCCGAAAUUCUGGGUCCAAACGGGCUUAACAUCAAAGGACUCAUGCCUUACCAGUUAGCAGCCCACUACGACCGCUACUUGCGAGCAUUCGAGGAGAAACAGCUCUUCGGACGAGACCUCCCACCUUCCGAGACCACUAUGAAUGUACUGCCGAGCAAGCGCCGCGCUCAAGAAGAAACAGACGGUGACACAGCCCCCGUGGCCACAACACAGGAUCUUCAGGAUGCACAGGGCGGUAUGGGCGGAACCCCAUUGCCUCGAGCUAACAAGAGGUUCAAAGCUCAACGAGAGCUCCAGACGCACCUUGGAACGCUGCAUAACAUCGUGCUGGCAUUAGACUCAGAUAUCCCAGAGCAAGUGCUGUCAGCACUUAAUCUGCUGACUGUAUUAUCCUACGGAGACGGAGCGGAGGAGCAUCAGAACACGGCGACAUCGAAUGCCAACGCUACGGCGAAUGAGAACGAGCUAUUGGUGGAUAAUGUGCCGGGUCUAUUGGACGCUUUGUAUCGCCAGUUAGUGUCGUGCAAAUUGCUGCCAGAUGAGCAGGAAAUGCAGCAACAGUCUGCACGACGCAGAUUAUUGAAUCUCGCAGUAGAUGACGGCGAGCGUGAACUGCUGGACUCCAAGGCUCUGCUUGUUUUAAACAUUUUACGCAACUUGGCAAUCAUCGGUGCGAACGAGAAGCCGAUCGCUGCACACGACGAGUUGUGCGUGUUCUUCAUUAUGGCGUUACGUUAUGUGAACACUAGUGACGCCCGGAACUCUCGUACUGGUCGGUCACGAGCUGCUGUGGACAUCGGUGACCAUGUGUUGGAUACAUUGUGCGCCAUCUCGAAGCGUAUCGACUUUUUGGCGCUUCAUCCGCCAGCUACACUUGAAGUGUGGCAUCCACAGUACCAACUAACCUCCCAACUAUGGAAAAAGGAACGCGUUCUGCCCUUGGAAUGUCUACUCCGUGAGCUACGUCGCAUCCUGGUGGACCGAGAACUCAAGCAACAGCGUCGAUCUAUCGUACUUCGAGCCUGUGAACUACUCACGAAUGUAUGUCGAGAUGUAGCCAUUAAGAAGUUCCUGUCUUCCAGUCAAGCUCUUCAAGAUCCAGCGUUACUUGACCGUGUGGUGGCGUUGCUCGGCUGUUCACGACAGGAGUUUCUACCGCGUGGAUCGAAGCAUAAAACGCAACAAAGUCACGAAUUUCCGACUGAAGCAGACUAUGACAUGGACGCAGAGUCCGACUCGGAAGAUGAUAUGACCGAUGGAGAUGAUAAUAGCAGGUGGCCUGCACCCUGGGAGAAUGACGGACUGCCGUCAGGUGUGGGUAUGGGCGUCGUAUACGUGAGUCCAGAGGGUGUGCGUCACACUACGUCGUCACCUCAUGUCGGUGGGGCGCAUGCAGCCUCAGUGGCGUUCGACGAAGGGAACCAACUGGAUCAUGAGAUGCGUGACGCUGCAUUGGAAGUUCUCUUCCGUCUUUCUGACUAUGAUGAUGAUUCAAAACUCCGGGUGGCUCAACAUCCAAGAUGCAUGCGUCGAUUGGCAGGCUCGCUCCUUUCGUGUGUUGGAAGGCCGGAAGCCGCUCGGAUUAUCGUCGCUACGCUGUGUAACCUGUCGAUGAACCGCGCUACGUUCCCGUACUUCUUGCCUAUUGAGAAGGAUCUGAUCCUCGUCGCGUGCUCAGAUGUCAGUGUGUCUGAUAUUCUUAACAACGUAGUUGCCGAUGUGUACGGAAUGCACUCGUUGUAACAGUCUGCAAUAAAACACGAAUUUCCAUUGACAAGGACCCGA